GUGGUUUCUUAAUACUGAGUUAUCUGCCAAAACGUCGUAUUAAAGUUCAUUGAUAUUUGAAAUGUUUACGUGCUUUUUUGCUCUGGUUACAAUGUUCUAUCAUAAUUCGAGAAAGAAGAAUUUUUAAUAAAAUAAUGGCAUUUGUGUCUGUCUUGAAAGUACAAGACUUUUGUAAGACGAUAAUUAAUGUGUGUAAUAUAAUAAUUCCCGUGACUGUUUUCAUACUAAUUGCGUUUAUUUUGAUCGUAUUCAAAAGUUUCAUUUGGAUACUUAUCGUGUGUUGUCUCUAUAUAACCAGUGUCUUUUAUGGGCUCGUUAUAUUAGAGUAUGUCAGCGUGGCACUUGUGAAUUUAAAUGCAAUAAGCGAUAGUUUUAAUCCAACUUAUGAAAUCAAGGAUCCGUGCAGCGUUUGCAGUAAUAAUAGCUGCAAGAGACAUAAAUUGUUACCACAUUCGACGAAAGUGAAAAUACCGAAGGAUCUUGACCAUGCAUUAGAGCAACUUCUAGAAGAUUUAUUGCAGAAAUAUGUUUGCGCAUGGUAUUCGGAUUUUUCGACGAACGAAGCGUUCGUACAACAGCUUCGUUUGGCCACAGCUACUGCAACGAAAGAUAUUGCAGUUCGGUUGCUUCGCACAGAUGUGUCCAAUGUGGUGUUUUACCAUUUAAUACCUCUAAUAUUGCAACAUGCUCAAGAUUGGAAAACAUUACGCACAAAGAUGAAGGAUUUGUCGGAUACAUCUUGUUUCGGAAAUCAACUGAUCGACCAUUUUGGUCGUGAAAUACAUCCAGCGAGUUACUCGCGUAAGGCAGAGCUGAAUUACCUGAGAGGAAUUGUAACAGCGUUUAUACCGUAUUUAUUGCCUGCCAUCCAUGUGUCUACUAACAACAAGGUCAUACUUCGAGAAAUUUUGGCCAAUUGGAUUUUGCUACCAGCAAUAGAUGCGAUUGCUGAUCCAGACAAUAUAAAUGCGUUAGUCGCGUUAUCAACUCAUCGCGAUGUUUCAUUUUCUAAUCAAGUGGACGCAGUUAAUGUACCAAUGUUGCAAUGCUGGAUGACCAUUCCAAUGAUGCCAAAAAACACGCAGAAUCACCUGAAACCCUCCUUGGAUGAAGUUUUAAAUGAUCCUCGUUUAUUGUACAUGUUUAUGCAACACAUCAAAGAGAAUGGUCCUAUGAAUCUCUUUCAGUUCUGUUUAGACAUUGAUGAUCUAAGCAAGCGUAUGUUAAAUCCAGAAAUGAGUUCAAACGCAGAAAGUAGUUUGUACACAGAUAUUCAAAAUAUGUAUGCAACAUAUCUGGAUCCUGAAGGUCCAGAAUACUUACAUUUACCAGGAGAUAUAUCCAUGGGCAUAUGCCAAAUUUUAGAAAGAGGUCCAAAGAAGAUUCAGGAAAUGAGGACUUCACGACCAUUUUAUCAAGCACAUCAAGAAGCACAUGCUUUAUUAGAAUCUACUUGCCUACCAUCUUUCCAUCAUAGCUAUCAAUUGUAUGAUUUAUUAUGCGGACAACCAGUUCCAAGUCGAGUUAAGCAGUCGCCACGAUUGAGCGUUACUAGUGGAUCCGCAAAUGCAUCCUCAAAGAUUGGAAAUCAUUUUCCGAAGAUUGACGUUUUGAGAUUAUCAACGAUAGACGGGAUGUCAUAUCAAGAUAUAUAUCAAGGCGAAGAAAUAGAUUACCCUUCCCGUUCUUAUAGCGAGAUUAAAUAUUCCGAUGACAGUUCCCACAGGAAUUUAACAACAUGGCGAGUCAAUAUUCCGCACAUUGAAACUGGAGAUAAUCAAACAUUAUAUUAUUAUGUCAUCGCUGUCAAUAAUAUUUCCGAAGGAAAAUCCUGGACUGUGUUACGUCGUGAUCAAGAUUUCUACAUUUUACGAACACGAUUGGCAGAGUUUCAUGGUGACAAAGAAUUGAGCGAUUCGCCAUUACCAUCAAGAAAGAAUCCUCAUUCAUCCUGUGCUAUUAAUAGACAACGAUAUGAAGAUUUUCUGGAAAAAUUACUAUCAAAACCAGUGCUCAGGAGUAGUGAGUUGUUGUAUAAUUUCUUGACUGUGCCAAAUUUGAAGCCCUACUUUACAAAUUAUAGCACGCCAGAUAUUGGUAUAUUGUAUCAAAGUAUGGCAUACAAAUUAAGAAAAGAGAAAGGUCAAAAUUUGGACAAGUUUCUGGCAGUGUUUCUGGCCUCGACUAAUAUUAAAAAUGAAUAUACUGAUAUUGGAGUUGAACCAGCGAACGAAUCAACUGUACAGGAAACGGAGGAAAAAGGACGUAGUGAUCUUCAGUUUGGAGUAUUUGGAAACAAUCUUGAUUUGGAUCUUAAUUUUAGAACUUUACCUUCUCCUUCGUUAGAACGUUCUCACGUUAAGGGUGCUUCUUUCUGUAUUGUAGAUGCUGUGGUGAGGUUACUGAAAGUUCCAUCGAUGAUUACUCGAGUUCUAUGGAUGAUUGCUUCAUCAUCACGUGCGAAAAUAGAUCCAUAUGUCAACGUUUUACUCUACAACGCUUUGGCAAAACUUCUAAGCGGUGGUCGUGCAGCGACCGUGGUAAAACUUCUGCACACAAAGGUAUUGUGUGAGAAGAAGGAUUCAUCUCAAGCGAAUCGCCGGAAUUACUAUGAAAUAGCAAAAACAGGAUUGUAUGGUUUGUUGCCUUAUUGGUUAAUGGUAUUUUAUAAGCCAUGGAUUGAAAUAAUGGAUUCAAUUUUGGACUCGUUACAAAAUGCACCGCUUAAUAAGCAUCUGGCAUAUGUUCUUCUGGACCAGAUUUUGAUAAAUAUAUUUCCAGAACUUACAGUUUAACUUGUAUAUGCAUAUGAAAUAUACAUACACUCCUCGUCAAAAAGAUUAGAUAGUUAUUUUUAAUUUCUCAAUGACGCGUAUAAAGCUUUUCGUCUGUUCGUUUAAUAUCAAAACAUUAUGAGCUCAGGAUAUGCGGUUCGUUGAAAAUAAUUAAAAAUCUUAUGAGUUUUAGUGUGUAACAAAGAAAAACUAUUCCAUACUAAGAUCGAAAUGAUAACACACUCUGUUACUAUGUUUAGAAAUUACUUAGUAGUUCAUUAUCUAUCAACAGGUGAAGAUUACAGUACAAUAUUAUAUAAAUUUCUAAGUAUGUAGGACGCGGAAAAAAAUUAAACGAGUCUGAAAAAAAGCAAAUUCUUGAACUAAAACAGCAACAGUUAUCAGUAGCAAAAAUAUCGAAAGUAAUAAGAUGAAGUCGUAGAGUAAUACACAAUUUUUUAAAAAAUGUUAAAGAUUAUGACAAAAAGAAAAGUACUGGUCGGCCGUCAUCUUUAUCCGAUCGCGAUAAGCGAGCAAUUUUGCGUGCUUCUUCUUGCUUCCAAUUUGCGGUUAACAACGCAGCAAAUAAUGGAAAAAUCUAAUGUCAGUGCCAGUGUUUCAAGUGUUCGUCGACUUCUACUAUCCUGCAAAGAUAUUAAGAGGUUAAAAUUGAAAAAGAAACCUUCGUUAACAACGAAACACAAAGUAGAACGUUUACGCUUUGCAAAAGAAAGAAUGCAUCGGAAAAAGAAAUGGAGAAGGGUACUAUUUUCAGGUGAAAAAGAUUCAACUUGGAUGAUCCUGAUGGUGUUCAUAAUGUUUUGAUAUUAUACCUUACAGACGAAAAACUUUACAUGCAUCAUUGAGAAAUUGAAGAUAACACACCUGGGUUAUCUUUUUGAGAGGAGUGUAUAUAACUAAAUUAAUGUGGAGCUUCUGAAGAUUAUAAUGUUACAUAACUAGUCAUGAAAAACUAAUUAAAAAAAUGUGUAAAAUAUAUAAAAUAGUUUAUAAAAUAGCAGUAAUAAUUUUUUAUAACAUUAUUGUACUGUAAAUAUAUGUAAUGUUCCUAGGUUAUAUCAGAUUUUGUCUAACAGUCUGUUACUUUUUUAGUCCUACUGUGCACUUCUGUAAAAAGAUAUAAAUAAAGACAUAAAUAAUAGUCUAGGCUAGAAUACCCCCUUAACUAAACAAAUUAUACGUAUAUAAUAUAAGUGUACAUUUAAAAAUUCAAAUAAAAUCUGAAUUAAACAUA